GGUCAAUUUGUGACAACUCUUAAAUUAGUUAACCUUAUAACGAAACCUACACCGGAGGAGGUUUGGAGGUUAGGGAGUGACGGGGAGAGAAAGAGAGAAAUGGGGGGUGGCGCAACGCUAAAAUGGGUGCUGCAAUUACACAAAGACGUGCCAAAGGCGGCUCGAUUUUACUCCGAGGGCUUAGACUUCACUCUCCAUCUCUGCACUCUUCGCUGGGCCCACCUCCAAUCCGGCCCUCUCAAUCUCGCUCUCCUUCAACCCUCUUCUUGUGACACUGUCAUGCAGAAGAGUCAUUCUUCAAUGUUGUCAUUUACUGUCCCUGACCUACUUGGAACAGUGACAAAAUUAUAUUCAUUAGGUGCGGAGCUGGAUGGUCCAAUUAAGUAUGAAAUCCAUGGAAAGGUUGCAGCCAUGAGAUGCUUGGAUGGCCACGUGAUAGGUCUCUACGAACCCCUUUGAGAUUUUUGACCGCACAAGAGUUUUGUUGAAUAUAUCCGACCUUCUAGUGCAGAUGGAAUGAAUGAGUCACCUUUCCUUCUUUUGGGUUCCCUUCAAUGAUAGAUAGUGUUGGUCCAUCAAGAUCAAAUACAGCUGUGCACAACGUAUACAAUGUUGGCCCUGAAAAUCAGAGAAUCAGCUUCUAUUAGGAGGUUUCAGAAUAAUAAGGAUAUUGAAGAAGGGAUCAAAUGCAGGUUGCUUUGUACCUGUCAUGUAAAUGGGAUAUCUUUUGUCAUCUGUGUCUCCAACAAGUGAAAGGAAAUCGUCUUUUGAUUCUUUCAGCAGUGAAGCUGCUCUUUCUUGUCUGCUUCUUGAAUUUUCAUCUUGUAUCUUUAACAACAAACACGCGAUUUAACAUUGUAUACAAUUUUAAUUGUUUGGUUAAUGAAGAGUUACUCCAAAGCAUUGGUCAUGA